CACAGACUUUACUGUUGAUUCUACUGGUUCUUGUCGAUUUCGUAGACCAUACAAUACCAUUUACCUGCAAGUGGUGUAAAGCUAUGGCUCUUGAAGGAAGGAACACAGUGGAAUCCAUUCGCGUUAAUUGUCCUUCGAAAUCAACUUCAGCAUCUUCGUCGUCUUCCUCGCCGCCGAGGCCUCAAAACUGCUUUGGGGUUCCGUCGAUGGAUUGCCGUUCUUCUGAGUUCAUGUUGCAGAAUAACUGCAACUUUAAGCGCAGCGCUGCUCCUGUUCGCUUUAUGUACUUCAAUCCCGACGGUUCCUGGGUGGAUUUCCCCAGCGAAGUGCUCGGUUCCCUGAAAUCCGCUUUUGUGGAGGGCAAGCCUAUGGUUGACUUGUUAAUUAGUGGCUCCAGGUAUCUUUUUGAUUUCCUGCGCAUGUUGCAAACUGAUUUUGAGUCCGGCUUUCAGCGAUCGAUUGCGUGGAUUGAUGAGAAAGGGAAGUGUUUUUUCCCCAAAACGUUUGUCGGUGAGGAUUUUGAUGGUAGGCUGGAGAAAUCGGAGAAUCCGAAAAUUGAAAUUGAGAUUCGGAUAGAUAAUAAUCCAAUUAAGCGAAAGAGAGAUGGAUUGGUUAAAGAAGAGCCCGAGGUGAGUUCGUCGAUGCAGCAACAGCAGGAGGAUGCUUCGAAACGGCAGCGUUUGCACCUUCCCGAUGCGGAGACAUCUAGAUGGCCAAAUGCUCGGUUAUUGACGGAAGGCGAAAAAGCUUAUUCAACGGUUAGGGAUCAUUUUUUGCCUGGGAUAAGGAAAGUUGAUCAUGGUGCUACAAUUACCGCCAUUUAUCAAUUCACGCGCAACGGUCAUUUGGAGAAGGCGCGUUAUGAAGUGUUCCAGAAGCAGAUUGAGAUCACAAAAGCUGCGCGUGGCGUUUCUAAUACUGUAUAUGCUUGGCAUGGCGCAUCGGCGAAAGGUGUGGAGAGUAUUUUAGCGCAUGGGUUUGCGGUACCUGGUAAGGUUUCCGGGCCUGAAUGUUAUGGGGUCGGUGUUUAUCUGUCUCCCUUGGGAUUGCCCUAUAUGAGUGCAAAGUUAUCGGAGAUGGACGGUAACGGCGAAAAACAUCUUAUACUGUGUAGAGUUAUCUUGGGUAAUGUUGAGAAAGUGGAGGUGGGGUCGCAACAAUAUUAUCCCUCUAAACUUGAAUUUGAUACCGGUGCUGAUGAUCUCAACAAUCCCAAGUGGUAUAUUGUUUGGUCAAGCAAUAUGAACAGACACAUUAUCCCCGAGUUUGUUGUGAGCUACAAAUCUUCUCGUCAAGUGCAAGGUCAAGUAAAAGGACCCACUUGUGUGAAAUAUUCCCUUGAGAAUUUAUUUUGGAAGAUGAGGAAUUUGCUCCCUCGCACCAAGAUUCGGGAAGUGGUGACGUUGUAUGAUACUUACAGAGGGGGUAAGUUGGCCAGAGAUGUGUUCAUAAAGCAGUUGCGAUUGAUUGCUGGGGAUGAGGUGCUGCUAUCCACUAUUAGGGAAAUUAAUACAGAAUGAGGUUUUCUGGGUUUUAUUUUCUGCCCCUUCAUUUGGACGAAUAAGUGCUAGGAUUUCAAUUAACAACAGAAGGCUAUCAUAUGAAAUAGCAAAAUAUUCCAUGCAUCCCAAAGCAGGCCUCUCUCUUCCCAAAAAAUGUAGUGGACAAAAGGAACAUCUUCAUUUUUUUUUUCCCCAAUAUAAUGUAGUAGCUAUGGCUUUAAGUAAUUGGAAAAGGUUUUAGUGAUUAUCAUUUGAUUACAACCUUACUAUAUGACAAUCUGAUGCUGAAACCUAGCGUGGUGCAUAAAUGUGAUAUUAUAAAGCUGACAUUGAGAGCUUAUUGUGUUCCAAAUCGUGGUGCAUUUUAUUUGGAACCUUGUGGAGUGAGCAUUUAGAGUGGGAAGGCCCUUUAGAUUUGAGUUCUGUGGUGCAGUGGUAAUGAUUUUUUGGGCUGCUUCGAUGCCACUAUUGUUUUAAGUUAUACUUUUGAAAUUUGUGCUGGGCAUGGCAUAAGUUUGAAUUAGUGCAUGGAUAAUUUCAUUUUACUGUAUUCUCUCUCUUCCUAUCUUUCUUACACACAGAGAGACACACAAACAUAACAUGAAUGUCCCCCACCUUGUGUUUUUAUUAUUUGGUCGAGAGAUAAUGCCAUAUGGUUGUCUCUUACUAAUUUCAUUGUGAACAUCAUUCAAGCUAAAUAUUUCUAAGAUUAUUAUGAACAGGCUGUGAUGCUUGAGAACAAGGAUAGCAUGAGUUACUUGAUUGUAAUUAGAAAGAGAAGGGAAAGGUUCUAAAUAGUAUCUUAUUGCAAGUUCCUUUGCCUAUUGCAAUAUUAAUUUUAGCAAUUACCUGCUGAAAAAGAAGGAAAAAAAUCACUGACAUAAUUAAUCUUUUUUAUGCUGUGGCAACAAGGAGGAUUUGGAUAGCAAAAUAUUUGACACACUGGCAGUUGGUUCUGUGAUUUCAAUUGGUGGUCACUACUGUUAGUAUACUUUGACACGUUAGGUGAGGUUAUUGAUGCUUACAUGCAUCAUGUUUCUGGGAAGAGUUGUGGUUGUGAACUGAAGAAGCAGGAAGCAAGCAAUUUGUGACUGCGGCAUGCAAAGAGUGACCAUCUUUUUGUGUGCUUACAAGAUAAUGUGCAAUGGAAUAUCAUUUUUGGCGCUGUGAUUUUUGCAUUCUGGUUUGAUGAACUUUCAUGUUAGCAGAAUGACAGCAGCAUUGCAGCCUGAGGUAUGUUGAGGGUAGUAUAUGGGUUUUGGAACCUAGCAAGAUAACUGGUUUUGGAGUCCGUUGGUUUGUAUGCUAUGAUAAUACGUAUAUUGAAAUUUAGUCUCCAUUUAUAUAAUUUAUUCUAUUUCAGGCAAUAUUAGGAGAGGCUAAUGUACAUUCGUGAUUGAGCCUUGGAGGUCAUUAGAUCAAGGUAAAGCGGGGGCUGUAAAAAGUUUUUUUAUUAUCCGGUUUUCAAUUUCAUUGAUGUAAGAAAAUAUCAGAAAUAUAUAUGGCCUUGUGCAUUUCUAUGAA